AUGAUCGGCCAGAAGACGCUGCACUCCUUCUUCUCCCCGAGCCCCGCCGGGAAGCGACGAACCCGCAGCCCAGGGACCGGCGUGGCCUCCAGCGCUGAGGAGGACGACGGGGACGCGGCGGCCAGCCCCGCAAGGAAGGCCCGGGCCUGGUCGGACACGCCGCCCGUGUCGCCGCUGAGCCCGGAGCAGCUGGUCCGGAUCCAGAAGAAAAAGGCAGCGGCCUUACUCAGACUCGCCGCCCGCAACGUGCCCCGGGGCUUCGGGGAGAGCUGGAAGCAGCAGCUCCACGGAGAGUUCGGGAAGCCGUAUUUUAUCAAGCUAAUGGGAUUUGUCGCAGAAGAGAGAAAACACCACACUGUGUAUCCACCGCCAGACUAAGUCUUCACGUGGACCCAGAUGUGUGACAUCAGAGAGGUGAAGGUCGUCAUCCUGGGCCAGGACCCGUAUCACAGACCCAACCAAGCUCACGGGCUCUGCUUCAGUGUGCAGAGACCUGUGCCACCUCCACCCAGUUUGGAAAACAUUUACAAAGAGCUGUCCACGGACUUGGAUGACUUUGUCCCUCCUGGCCACGGAGAUCUGUCUGGAUGGGCCAAGCAAGGCGUCCUCCUCCUCAAUGCUGUCCUCACCGUGCGGGCACACCAGGCCAACUCCCACAAGGAGCGAGGCUAGGAGCAGUUCACGGACGCCGUCGUGUCCUGGCUGAACCACAACCUCAGCGGCCUCGUCUUUCUGCUGUGGGGCUCGUACGCGCAGAAGAAAGGCAGUACCAUCGACAGGAAGCGGCACCAUGUGCUGCAGACCGCCCAUCCCUCGCCGCUGUCUGUGUACCGGGGCUUCUUCGGCUGCAGGCACUUCUCCAAAACCAACGAGCUGCUCCGCAAGGCCGGCCGCAAGCCCAUCGACUGGAAGGCGCUGUGAUUCGUUAAAGGGGCUGCCCGCUGCUGGCCAGGUGCAGGAAGCCACCACUCAAAGGAUUGGACGUGAACCCCGCUUUAAAAAUACUAUUUUUUUCCCUCAAGUGCCUUCUGCCCACGUGGCCAUUGCACCUUCUUCGCACGGUGGCUUGAAGGCAAAUGCAACGCUGCCGGUCAGUUUCUCGACCGC